AUGAGAGGCAAUUGGGUUGUAUUAGCCUUUUGCUCUCUGGGGCAGCUGUGUGCAGAUCAGAGCCUGAAACCUCAGAUUGCAGUCCCUCAGCUUGCUACAAACAAUCCCACCCUUACUACAGUUGCUCUAGAGAAACCUUUCUGUAUGUUUGAUAGCUCACUAAGCCCAAAUAAAUCUUAUGCUGUCUACUUGUAUGCAAUGAUGGAAUCAGCAAGUACAAUAAGCUCACUGGUGACUGACAACAGCAACAAACCACUUGACAGCACGUUUCAGCAAACAAGUGGGGGACGGCUUGGACCUUACAAGGCUGCCUUGUUCAAUGUACCCAACUGCGCAUCACCCCCAGACCUUGCUGAUGCAGGAGACAUCAAAAAAGUUUCUGAUGUCCUCAAACAAUACCUCUUCAGAGUUGGGGGUGAUGGGACUUGUUUGUAUGACCCAAACUUCCUAGAUGUCUGUAACCCACCUCUCACUCCAGAUACAACAUACAGAUUUAAAUACAUAUUGGUAGAUAACACUGACGGUAUCAUGAAAGACCAGACUCUGUGGUCUGAUCCAAUCAAAACCAGACGAGUUAAACUUCCCCUGAAAAUUGAUACCUGGCCUGGUCGAAGGAGUGGAGGCAUGAUUGUCGUUACGUCGAUCCUAAGUGUUUUUAUGUUCCUUCUGCUUGCUGGCUUUCUUGCUUCUGUGUCCUCUGCUGUCAAGGGAUUAGAAGAUUCUUCUGCAGAGACAAGGCACAUGUCUCAGACUACUCUGCCAAGUGAACCCAGGCCACAGGUGAGCUCUGAGUGAACAAACAGCCUGCUGCAAGUCAAGGUUGGAAACACAACUCAAUCGCUACAUGUGCUAGACCUAAAGGAUCGUCUUUUUUACUCCACGUUGGCUCAAAGCAAGCUACAGUAUGCCACCAGGCAACUGGAGCCGAAAGGCGCACAUGACAUACGGAAAAUCUUUUUCUGAAA